UCCUCUCAGACCUCAGGCCGAGAGUGAAAGUGUAAGCGUCGUUCGUCUACACGUCUGCUUGGAAUUUCGCUUCUCGCGCGUUUAAUCGCGAACGUGUAGCCACGCCAGUGGCGGCUGGCACGUUAUCGAUCGCCGAGAUGUCAUUGUCGACCAAGGUUUCUGUGAUAUUGAUCCUCAUCUUACGUGCAUCAUCGACAAAAGCGGACUUUGAGGACCAUUUCAAGGACUGUCAUCCAAACGUGUCAGGAUUCGACGAAUGUAUACGAGAAGGGUUAAACGCAAUUCGACCUUACUUCAAAACUGGCCUCCCCCAGUACAACGUAGACCCUAUCGAUCCAUUUUUCGCGAAAGAAGUGUCAGUAUCGCGAGGAGUGCCCAAUUUAGGUUUCACCUUGACGCUGAAGAACGUUACCGAGAGUGGAUGGGUUAGGAGCAAGGUGACGAAAUUCGUCAGCGACUUCACAAAUUAUAGAAUAGUAUACACUCAGAGUUUCCCAGACAAAUACUUGUCAGGUUGGUAUGAGUUUAAAGCUACAGCACUGAGCUCCAGCAUAAGCAACAGAGGAAGAUUCACAUUGGAUCUUUACGAUCUCAUUCAAACGACAACCAUCACCAGAAGACCAGGGGAAAAGAUUCGAGUCAGCGUGGAUGUGCAAAAGAUCAGAGAUUUGAAGCUCCAUAUCUCAAAUUUGCUGUACGGUCACAAAAUGCUGGAAAACAUACUUGACAAAAUAAUAAAUGGCACGUGGCAACCAGGAUUCGUGUUUACCAGACGCAUAAUCAACGAUCUUGUCUCUGCCGCGUUUACAGAGGGCUUUCAGAAGUCCUUUUCCAAUUUUCCUUUCGAGACAAUUAUCAAGCCGAAGCCUGUUACCGGUUGAUGAAAAUUUUGAUUCGAACGACAAGGCACGACAAUGAACAAAAGCACUCAUUUCGGUGAAUCGUGGAAAAAUUUUUUAUUAAUGAUGGUAAUUGUUAUUAUGGUAAUUAAAAUUUUUUAUUAUGGUAAUUAAAAUUUUUUAUUUAAUUACCAUAUAUUUGAACUUGCAUUUUUUGAAAAAGUUUGACGCACGUUUUACAGGAAAUCUUGCAUUACUCAUUGUUGACAUGUCAAUCAAUUUACCUCGAAUUUAAAAGGAAACGCGAGGAAGACUGUUCUCAGAAAUACUCAUUUAUUAUUUAUAGAUGUAACUUUUAUACCGAUUAUUUCAAAUAAUAUUUAAAUAAUAAUACAAAAAUGGUAGAACUUACGUAUAUAAUAUAGAGAAGGAGAGGAUGUAAAUUUCAUCCUUGAAAUGUCAGAAUGAUACAUGAAAAUCAACUAGAUAUUUAUUUUAAUUUAGAGGAAUUUCGAAAUAACUAUUUGUUGAAAAAAAGAAGAAGACAUCUCUGACAAGUGAUGACGAAACUAAACGAUAUGACUUAUUAUGCAACGAUAAUGAAUAUUGAAAUAGAUGAUGAAAAGACGAUGUAUUCAUUACGUAAAAAGACGCUGCGAUCUUCGUAGAAUUAAUCUUGCAAAGAAUUAAGAUUAUUUAUUUUGCAAACAUUUCCCUGAUUUUUUUGAAAUUUCUUUUGAUACAGAAUAAAUGGCGAACGAUAUACUUUGAUAGGCAAUGGGAUAUUGCAUGGUUUUUGCAAUAUACAAAAAGUAGAAAUAAUUCUCGCAAACGAAGAAACGAAGAUGGAUUUAUAAUGAUUUCUUUGCAACGAAGUCUCUUGCUUAUUCUCGGUCACUUUAGGAACAUUCUUUCAAUCUUUCGUCAAAAAAUUCAACGACAGAAUUUUAGCAAUUUCAUUCCUUUUCUCUACAAUGCAAUUAAUUAGAUUCAUCAUUUGAAUUGAUAUCUUAUUUUUAUAUUCGGUGGAGAUAAUUAUACACUUCUUAUAGACUUGUCGUAUAUUUGCCAAACAUUGUGAUAAAUUUCACUUUUAAAAACAGGAAUCGUCGAUCACUUGAAACUCUUGCAAAAUAAGAAGCAUUUCUGCAAGAUAUUCAAAUUGAUGAUCUUAUUUAAUCUAUUGAGGCCAUUUGGUUAUAUUUUAUUUACAAUAUUAUUAAAUAUAACCAACUUUCAUUUACAAUUAAUUUACAGUGUCAAAUUCCAUUAUUUAAUACUGAAGCUGCGAAAGAAAUUUCCAAGAAUCAAUCCUGAAAUAGUAUUGCACGAUUGUAAAUGAUUGUAGUAAUUCGUUUUGUCACGCUACAUUGGAUAUUCAAUUUUAUUCUUCAUUUCACACUCGCUGUGAUGGAGAUGCAAUCGAAUUAAAAAUUCCAAAAUUAUCUAAAAGAUUUUUAGGCUUCCCAACGCUCAACGACACUGGUUGAUAUUUUCUCAUCAUGACGUCCUCGACGUAGAUUUCAUAAUUUCGUAAAAUUUCAAGAAAUCGAAGUGUUUAUAAUCUCUUGGUUCUCAGUAAUUCACGAAAUGAACAAUCUAACUUUUCAGACACGUUCUCAAAUUUCCUCGAUCUGCCCGAACAGUACCUCGGUAUACGUGCAAUGCGAAGAUUCGCGAAGUAUGUCUAUUCUGUUCAUAUCCUUCGUUCUUUGAUAACAUCUUCGUGCGAUAGGACUGCGCAAUUGGCUUUUUACGAUGGCAAAUUACGAUUCAAGGGCUUCUCAGCAAUCGUGAUCUUCUCUUCUUCCGUUCGUGCUAACGAACGUAACGAAGCGAAUACGAGACUUUCUUCUUCUGUCGGGAUAGCCGUUCGCCUUGAGAGGCUGACGGUCUCUGACCUCGCAUUCUCUCUCGUGGUGCAUCGGCCCUCAUCGAACAUUCGUCGAUAAUUUGUGUCGAAAGGAAAUAGAUAACGGAGAAAAUGGCCGUCUCGUCGUUCUCUCUGUGACAAAGAAUAAGCAAAUAGAUCAUCGUCCAAUGUUCUUCAUUCGGUGGAUCAGAGAUUAAUUCAAAUUGCCACGUUUUUCUACAGUGGAUACACGAAAGCAGGUAAAAUUUUACGCGUAUAUUAUAUAAAAAAAAAAUUCGAAAAAAUUAUUAUCAUUGUGAUGAGAAACGACUAAAUGUAUCUAUAUUGGUACAAUUUGAACAUGUGUAUACAGAAGUUAUAAGAUACCUACUGCAGACAUUUAUAAAAAAUUAUUUUGUCAGUCAAAUAUUAUAUAGAGUAUAUAUACUAUACUCUGUAUAUUUUGUAUAUAUUUCCUUUCGUCACCUGCAAUUCUGCGCUUUAAAAUUUCCUAUGAAUGUCUGUUUUAUUGUU